AUGGCUUACGACUUCCAUCGAAGCAGCAUGAUGCCUUUGACCUUUACCUUCAAAGAGAAAGCGAAGCUUCCACACAGGCCGCAGGGCGCCUUGCAGAGAGAGGAGCAAGCGAGGUCUGCCGUAAAGCGGGCACGUCUGGCUGCAGAUUCGUCGAAGCUGCAGCUACGUGCCUCUGGCCGUGCCAGGCUGCGGCAGGUUCUACUCGGCCGUGCAGCAGAAGACGCUGUUCUUGACAGCGAGGAGUGUCGGCAGGUGGCCAUGAUCCGGGAUCGGCUGAAGGCUUGCGAGGUGGCAGACGAUGCCUUGCUCCAGCUUCAACAUCUUGCCGCAAUGCCGGUGGACGCCGCGGUACUGCGGCAGACAGGCGUCGGCAGAGUGGUCAACGAUGCGGCGAAGGCCUGGAAGGGGCAAGAGGCUGCAGGCCAGACUCUCGCUGCAGCGCGGGAAUUGGUGGCCAAAUGGCGAGCGAUGCAUCGGCAGGAGACAGGUGCAGUUGAUGAUGUUUCUGCAGAUCUGGAGAAAGCUCUGUGGGAAGAUCUCGCGACCGAAGACGACAUCGAUGACAGCGACGAAGAGUAUCAGGCUCGCCUCGAAGCUCUCGUGCAUGCGCUGGGCUCUGCAGAUGUGCGGCAGCGAGCGAUGACCAGGAGUCAAGCUCGCACGGUGGUGGAGGAGGCACUGUCCGCAAUGUCUUCGGCCGAGAGGCGCCUGCAGAAGACGGCCCUUUGGAUGAAACGUCGCCGGGCUGUUGGAAUCCCCAUCGACCUUCCAUCCGGCGCACCGUGGGUGCUGGCCAGCCCCACCAGCAUCAAGAAGUUCUCCUGGUCGCCGCAGCUCUGUGAGUCAGACGACUUUCACCAGCCUCGCAUCUCGCGGAGUGGCAGCUCAGGCGCUCUCAGUGUUGCCACCUCGAUCGCGUCAGCGCAGACGCUUCCCUGCCGACAGAUUUCAGGCACGCAGACAUCUCAAAACCUCGAUGACCUCAGUGCCCCCUGA